GAGACGGACGGACGGACGGCAGAAUGAAGCGCAGCGUCGCGGUCAAACAAUCAAAUCCAUGAAAAACUGCAGCGAACAAUCCGGAUCACAGACACACACAACCGGAGCGAUGCGAGCGAAGCGUUGAAGAUGUUUGUCGUACUACAGAGUGUGUUACUGUGCAGUUUAUAUGUGCAGAUACACGGCCUGCCGCUCCUCCUGUAUGCUAACCGACGAGACUUGCGGCUGGUGGAUGCGGCUCACGGUCGGGCGAAUGCCACCGUAGUGAUCGGCGGUUUGGAGGACGCCGCAGCGGUGGAUUACGUUUAUGCGCAGGGACUAAUAUUCUGGAGCGACGUGAGCGAGGAGGCUAUUAAAAGGACCGCGUUUAACGGAUCGGUACCCAGCGGGAUUCAAACAACGGUCGUGUCCAAUCUGGCCUCUCCGGACGGGUUGGCGUGCGACUGGAUGGGGAAUAAGCUUUACUGGACAGACUCUGAGACCAAUCGGAUAGAAGUGUCGGAGCUGGAUGGGAUGUUCCGAAAAGUUUUAUUCUGGCAAGAUCUGGACCAGCCGAGGGCGAUUGCACUGGAUCCUGGCCGAGGGUACAUGUACUGGACGGACUGGGGUGAAAUCCCAAAGAUCGAGCGUGCAGGAAUGGACGGAACUCAUCGCGCCGUCAUCAUCGACACUGAAAUCUACUGGCCGAACGGACUGACGCUCGACUACAGUCAACAAAAGCUCUACUGGGCCGAUGCCAAGUUUAAUUUCAUCCACCGCUCCAACCUGGACGGAUCCGGCAGGGAGGUCGUGGUGAAAGGUUCGUUGCCGCACCCGUUUGCGCUCACGCUGUACGAGGACACGCUCUUCUGGACGGACUGGAACACACACUCCAUACACUCAUGUUACAAACACACGGGAGAAAACAGCCGAGAGAUUCACUCCAACAUCUUCUCUCCAAUGGACAUCCAUGUGUUCAGUCAGACGAGACAGUCGAUGGAGGUGAUGAGUCCCUGCUCACUGAAGAACGGUGGAUGUUCUCAUCUGUGUCUGCUGUCACCAGUCAAACCGUAUUACCAGUGUGCCUGUCCAACUGGAGUCCAACUGCUGGAGGACAACAAGAGCUGUAGAGACGGUGCAGUGCAGCUGCUGCUGUUAGCACGGCGCACGGACCUCCGGCGAAUCUCUCUGGACACGCCCGACUUUACCGACAUCAUGCUGCAGACCAACGACAUUCGCCACGCCAUCGCUAUCGACUACGACCCCGUGGAAGGGCACAUCUACUGGACGGAUGAUGAGGUCAAAGCGAUCCGCAGGUCCUACCUGGACGGGAGUGACGCCCAGUUUGUGGUGACAUCUCAGGUGAAUCAUCCGGACGGGAUCGCGCUGGACUGGAUCGCACGGAAUCUGUAUUGGACGGACACGGGCACAGACCGCAUUGAGGUGACCCGACUGAACGGCACCAUGAGAAAGAUCCUGAUAUCAGAAGAUCUGGACGAGCCGAGAGCCAUCGUACUCGACCCCGUCGCUGGGUACAUGUACUGGACGGAUUGGGGUGAAGUGCCAAAGAUUGAGCGAGCAGCUCUGGACGGGACGGAGCGAUUGGUGUUGGUCAACACUUCUCUGGGCUGGCCGAAUGGACUGGCGCUCGACUACACUGAGAGAAAAAUCUACUGGGGAGACGCCAAGACUGACGUCAUAGAGGUGAUGGAGAUGGACGGAUCGGGCAGACGAGUGUUAGUGGAGGACAAUCUGCCGCACAUCUUUGGUUUCACACUGUUGGGCGAUUACAUCUACUGGACGGACUGGCAGCGGCGCAGCAUCGAGCGCGUGCACAAACGCACCAUUGAGCGAGAGGUCAUUAUAGAUCAGCUGCCCGACCUCAUGGGAAUAAAAGCCACAUACGUUCACGAGACCUUCGGGGUGAACCCGUGUGCGUUCAGUAACGGCGGCUGCAGUCAUCUGUGUCUGUAUAAGCCGCAGGGCGUGUCGUGUGCGUGUCCCAUCGGUCUGGAGCUCAUGGCUGAUUUGAGCACGUGUAUCGUUCCCGAAGCGUUCCUGCUGUUCUCACGACACACGGACAUCAGACGCAUCUCCCUGGAGACCAACAACAACAACGUGGCCAUACCGCUCACCGGCGUCAAGGAAGCAUCGGCGCUCGACUUCGACGUCACUGACAACCGGAUCUACUGGACAGAUAUCACUCUGAAGACGAUCAGUCGGGCGUAUAUGAACGGCAGCUCUCUGGAGCACGUGGUGGAGUUCGGCUUGGAUUAUCCGGAGGGGAUGGCCGUUGAUUGGCUGGGGAAGAAUCUGUACUGGGCCGACACGGGAACCAAUCGCAUCGAGGUGGCCAAACUGGACGGUCAGCACAGACAGGUGCUGGUGUGGAAAGAUCUGGACAGUCCACGAGCGCUGGCACUCGACCCCGCUGAAGGGUUCAUGUACUGGACUGAAUGGGGCGGACGGCCAAAGAUCGACCGCGCUGCGAUGGACGGUUCUGGUCGCAUCACUCUGGUGCCAAACGUGGGUCGAGCUAACGGACUGACCAUUGAUUAUGCUGAACGACGCCUCUACUGGACGGAUCUCGACACGACACUCAUAGAAUCGUCCAACAUGCUCGGUCUGGAGCGUGAGGUCAUCGCUGAUGAUCUGCCUCAUCCGUUUGGACUCACUCAGUAUCAGGAUUACAUCUACUGGACCGACUGGAGUCAGCGCAGCAUCGAACGAGCCAAUAAGACCAGCGGACAGAACCGCACCAUCAUACAGGGUCAUCUGGAUUACGUCAUGGACAUCCUGGUGUUUCACUCGUCCAGACAAGGCGGCUGGAACGCCUGUGUGUCCACUAACGGUCACUGUUCUCACCUGUGUCUCGCCGUACCUGUCAGCGGCUUUGUGUGCGGAUGUCCAGCGCAUUACUCGCUCAAUUAUGACAACAAGACAUGCAGCGCGCCCACGUCGUUCCUGCUCUUCAGUCAGAAGUCAGCGAUCAAUCGUAUGGUUAUUGACGAGCAGCAGAGUCCAGACAUCAUUCUGCCCAUUCACAGUCUGAGAAACGUGCGCGCCAUCGACUACGACCCUCUCGAUCGACAGCUGUACUGGAUCGACUCCAAACAGAACGUCAUCCGCCGCGCGCAGGAGGACGGAAACCAGAGUACAAUUGUGGUAUCGAGCGCGAUGGGCGGGGCUAACCUUGGCCUGCAGCCGUACGACCUCAGCAUCGACAUCUACAGCCGCUUUAUCUACUGGACGAGCGAAGUGACCAACGUCAUCAACGUGACGCGCACGGACGGCUCUCGUGUUGGUGUGGUUCUCCGCGGGGAACAUGACAAACCACGUGCGAUCGUGGUGAACCCAGAGAGAGGGUACAUGUACUUCACUAACCUGCAGGAACGUUCACCGAAGAUCGAGCGUGCCGCUUUGGAUGGGACGGAGCGUGAGGUUCUGUUCUUCAGCGGUCUCGGGAAACCCGUCGCUCUUACAGUUGAUAAUGAGCUGGGGAAACUCUUCUGGGUCGACAUGGACCUGAGACGCAUUGAGAGCAGCGACCUGUCCGGAGCCAAUCGGAUCGUCAUUGAGGAUUCAAACAUCCUACAGCCGGUGGGACUGACGGUGUUUGGGAAUCACCUGUACUGGAUCGAUCGACAGCAGCAGAUGAUCGAACGGAUCGAUAAGGUCACACGAGAGGGACGCACGAAGAUUCAGGCACGAAUCGCCUCAUUGAGCGACAUCCACGCCGUACAUGAGGUCGACAUGCAGGAGUACAAUAAACACCCAUGCACGUCUGAGAACGGCGGCUGCUCGCACAUCUGUAUCGUGAAAGGAGACGGAACGACGCGCUGCUCGUGUCCCGUUCACCUGGUGUUACUGCAGGACGAACUCUCCUGUGGAGAGCCGCCCACUUGUUCUCCUGAGCAGUUCUCGUGCUCGUCCGGUGAGGUGGAUUGUAUCCCGCAGGCGUGGCGCUGCGACGGCUUCGCCGAGUGUGACGACAGCAGCGAUGAGCGCGACUGUCCCGUGUGUUCGGAUGAAGAGUUCCAGUGCGACAGUAAACAAUGUGUUGAUAUUUCACUGCGCUGUAAUGGAGAGAUCAACUGUCAGGACCGAUCCGAUGAGAACAAGUGUGAAGUUCACUGUCCCAGGGAUCAGUUCACCUGUGCGAACGGUCAGUGCAUCGGACCACACAAGAAAUGUGAUCAUAACAUGGACUGCACAGAUAACUCUGAUGAGGUCGGAUGCUAUGCGACAGAAGAGCCGUCCUUUCCUCCGACGAACACCAUUGGCUCAAUUGUGGGCGUGGUCAUGGUGCUGUUCGUGGUGGGCGCGGUUUAUUUCGUGUGUCAGCGCGUUCUGUGUCCUCAGAUGAAGGACGACGGUGAGACGAUGACGAAUGAUUUUGUGGUUCACGGACCGUCAUCGGUGCCGCUGGGAUACGUCCCUCACCCGAGCUCUCUCACGGGGUCACUGCCAGGCAUGUCUCGUGGGAAGUCUGUGAUUGGCUCUUUGAGCAUCAUGGGCGGCAGCAGUGGGCCACCUUACGACCGCGCUCAUGUGACUGGCGCUUCAUCCAGCAGCUCGUCGAGUACGAAGGGCGCACACUUCCCUCCUAUUCUGAAUCCUCCUCCGUCACCCGCCACUGUGAGGUCACAAUACACCAUGGAGUUUGGAUACUCAUCUAACAGUCCGUCAACACACCGCUCGUACAGCUACAGGCCGUACAGUUACCGUCACUUCGCUCCUCCGACAACACCGUGCAGCACAGACGUGUGUGACAGCGAUUACACGCCGGGUCGUCGAGUGCCACAUGCAUCCAGUGCCGUCGCUAAGGGCUACAUGAGUGACCUGAACUACGACUCGGAGCCCCUCCCCCCGCCGCCCACCCCGCGCAGUCAAUAUCUGUCUGCGGAGGAGAACUGUGAGAGCUGCCCGCCCUCACCGUACACCGAACGCAGCUACUCGCAUCACCUGUACCCCCCGCCCCCCUCGCCCUGCACGGACUCGUCCUGAGCCCUGUCAAUCACAACAUGAGCCCCGCCCACGGCCUGUCUGUAAAUAAUGGACUCAUUUCUGCUCUGAUGAUCCAAAUCCUGGAGGAGAGAGACAUGUCUGCAUCUCUCGGUCCGGCGGGUGUCUGUACAUUCAAAAGAAAAGAAUCAUAUUUAUAUAUUUUCUAUACGGUGUUUAUGACAUGCAGCCUUGUGUGAAAAGAAAUUUGUACAUUUUUUUUUAAAGAGAAAAUUUUUAUGAAAUCACAAACAUAAUGAGUUGCCUUAAAUCCAGGAGUUAAGAAUCAAACUACCUUCUCGACCAGCCGAAGGAUUCAGAAAAUACGGGACUGUGUUUCUGCGGCUGGUUUUGCUUUCCAAUGCCAAAUAAUGGAGAUGUGUGACGCAGAAACACUGUGAUCACCUUCAACACAACAUGGUACUCAGAUUUUCUUCUAUUUUUCUAUUUAAGACUUCACCGAUGCGCUCUCUUCAACUGGAAUGAGUUUGUGUUCCGGCUGCGACAGGACACCGCAGUGCAUCAUGAGAACAGUGUGACAAACAGUUCAACCAAAACCUUCAUGCCGAAUGCAGCGGUUUGAAACGAGGGUCACAUCCGCAGCUCACAAUCACAGACGGGAUCUCGUGCCUGACCGUUGUUUUAAACACUUUGAAUCAUUUUUCACUUUUUUAAAUAUCAGUGCCCACAAAAGGUCCAAUAUUUUUUUAGCACAUUCUGUGUAGAGACUGUAUUUAUAAGCUAUAAAGAGAAAGACUUUCAUUCUGUGUCUCCGUCAUCAUCAUCCUAAAAAAAAAAAAAAAUCAUUUUCUUACUGAGUAUUUUCCGGUAAAAUUAUUGAAACAUCCUUAAAACAAGAAAACAUUAAUUGAGAAGCAGAAUGAUGAGAUAUAAAGUCUUGUUUUCAUAGAAAUCUAUCAAAAUGUCCUGCGGUUCAUGCUUCAAACAAGAGGAAAAUAUAUUUGCCAGUGGGGUACGAAACAUUAACUUGUUUUCAUUAGCAAAUAGUUUUUUCUUAAACAUAAACGACAGUAUGUUUUGUUAGACUUCUCUGUAAAUAAGACUAAAUAUCUUAAAUAUCUAAAGUACAUUUAUUUUAAGAAUGUUUAGAUCAUUUUAUGGGGAAAAUGAGACAAAAAUACUCAGUAAUGACUGUGUGAGUGUGUGUGUGUGUGAGUGUGUGUGUGUGAGAGUGUGAGGUGUGUGAGAGUGUGAGGUGUGUGAGAGUGUGAGGUGUGUGAGGGUGUGAGGUGUGUGAGUGAGGGUGUGAGUGUGUGAGUGAGGGUGUGAGUGUGUGAGUGAGGGUGUGAGUGUGUGAGUGAGGGUGUGAGUGUGUGAGUGAGGGUGUGAGUGUGUGAGUGAGGGUGUGAGUGUGUGAGUGAGGGUGUGUGUGAGUGAGGGUGUGUGUGAGUGAGGGUGUGUGUGAGUGAGGGUGUGAGUGAGGGUGUGAGUGAGGGUGUGAGUGAGUGAGGUGAGUGAGUGAGGUGAGUGAGGGUGUGAGGUGAGUGAGGGUGUGAGGGUGUGAGGGAGUGAGGUGAGUGAGUGAGGUGAGUGAGUGAGGUGAGUGAGUGAGGUGAGUGAGUGAGGUGAGUGAGGUGAGUGAGGGUGUGAGGGAGUGAGGGAGUGAGUGUGUGAGUGUGAGUGAGUGAGUGAGAAGUGUGAGUGAGUGAGUGAGUGAGAAGUGUGAGUGAGUGAGGUGUGUGAGUGUGUGAGUGAGUGUGUAGGUGUGUGUGUGUGUGUGAGUGAGUGUGUGAGUGAGUGUGUGAGUGAGUGUGUGAGUGAGUGUGUGAGUGAGUGUGUGAGUGAGUGAGGUGAGCGUGCGUGUGAGCGAGCGAGUCCAACAGGAUCAUCAGAGCUUUUUAAAGGGAAACUCACCAGCAGAAAUAUUCUAGUCACUCUGAUUUGAUUACCCAGCAUCCAUCAGUUCUCACGCUGAAUGUCUUUACAGCAGGAAAAUGAAACCGUUUGUCAUGUUUGAAUGUUUGAAGGAUGUCGAGCUGUUGUUCUUGUGUUGCUGGUCUGUGGAGAUGUUGUUUUGUAUAAUUGUGCUGGUUUUAGUCUCCGGCUGUUUAAAGUUCUCAUUUGGUCACAAUCGUUGAAGAUCUGAGCAUGUGCUGGAAUUUAAUAAUCAUUCUUCACUCGGCGGCCUUCUCAGAGUUCACACAUCAUUCUUCAUGUUUACUGUACGUGACAGCAGCUUGUGUGUGUCAAAAACAGCGAGUCCAAAUUAGUCCGUACCCCAAACCUCCCUUUAAAGGCCUGUAAUGCAAGGGCUUCUGGGUAACGCCACAUGUCUGUAUGCUCAGAUCAUUUCAGUUUUAACUGCACUUUACAGAAACAGUUCAGAUAAUAGUACAGUGUGUGUGUGUCAAAGUUCUCAAUCAUCUGUUGAUGUCACAUGAUGUACUCGAUGGGUCACCAAAGGUAAGACUUCUCAGUCUUGUGAGUUUCAGUCGGCUCUAGUCAGAGGUCAAAAGGCUGAUGAUGUCAGAGCUGGUCGAGACAUGUUACUGGAAUUGUGGGGAAAAAAUAUUAAAGCACUUUGAAGGAGUGAGCAGGAUUCGUUCACAACAGAAUUUGUUUAUAAAUGUUACAUUUUUGGUCAUUUUUACAUUGUUUUUUGUGAUACCCAUGAUGCUUUGCAAGGUGACCAACAUUUGGUUUCUCAUCAAACAUGAAUUUUCCUCGAACUCUAGUUUUUGUACAUUAAUGCUUUACGUGUAAGGCAUUGUAUAAAUUCAGAUGUGUACAGCUCAUUCAGUCACGUCUAUAAGCUGUUGUAACAAAUGAAAUGAUCUUUUUUAAUAAAAAUGAGUUUUACA